AUGGCUUCUCCAUCUGCUACUUCUUUUAAAGUUGAAGCCAAGAAGGGUGAGUGGUUGCCAGGCUUGGCCUCACCAGGCUACCUCACUGGCAGUCUUCCUGGUGACAAUGGAUUUGAUCCUCUGGGACUUGCUGAGGACCCAGAGAACCUCAGAUGGUAUGUCCAAGCUGAGCUCGUGAAUGGCAGAUGGGCAAUGUUGGGUGUUGUUGGGAUGCUGUUGCCUGAAGUGUUCACAAGCAUUGGGAUCCUUAAUGUUCCUAAAUGGUAUGAUGCUGGCAAGGCUGAGUACUUUGCAUCUUCAUCUACCCUUUUCGUGAUCGAGUUCAUCUUGUUUCACUACGUCGAGAUCAGACGGUGGCAAGACAUCAAGAACCCAGGAAGUGUGAACCAAGACCCCAUCUUCAAGCAAUACAGCUUGCCUCCAAAUGAGGUGGGUUACCCAGGUGGCAUCUUCAACCCCCUCAACUUUGCACCCACUCUUGAGGCCAAGGAGAAGGAAAUUGCCAAUGGGAGACUGGCAAUGUUGGCAUUCCUGGGUUUUGUGGUUCAACACAACGUGACAGGAAAAGGACCAUUUGACAACCUCUUGCAGCACCUCUCAGACCCAUGGCACAACACCAUUGUCCAAACACUAAGAGGCUACUAG